UUUUCCGCCAUUUUCGACUCUCACUCCCAAAACCCUAGAAAUCUCAAAACCCUAGCAACGGACAUCCGCUAUUAUGUCGUCCCCAACGAUCCAAUUCCCCAUCGAAGACCGAGACCUCGACGACGCCGAGCUAUGGGCGGUCAUCGACUCCGCCGCCGCCUCCAGAUCUCGAAAGCCCCUUCUCGCCAUCAAGAGCUCCAACCAUCAGUUCAGCUCGAGAAGCCCUAGAUCCCCGUCCGAGGGAGAAUUUCGAGCUUCCGCCGACGGAGAGGUGGUUCAAGAAGAGCAGUGGGCCCAGCGGCGUCCGCCGAAGAUGGCGAGGGUCGGGGACCACCGAAUGGUGGUCGUGAAAAGCUCGGCGAGAGCUGCGGUUGUGUGCUCUCCGAUGCAGUCACCGUCGCCAUAUCCUUUGGCAUACUCGUCACCGGGAUCGGGAAAGCAGCGGGGGAAGGAGGUGAGUCCUCUGGUGGAGAGCCCUCAGUCGCCGGCGAUGGAUCAGUGGAGGAGAGAGGAGAAGGAGAAUUCGACGCCGCAUAGUUUAUCGGGGCGGUUUCCUUCGGUUUCCAUGUUCAAGCAGUAUCAGAAUUCAGCUAUGGCGAUUCUGGAGAAAACUGACUAUACGAUGAUAUCCGGGAGUCCAUAUAUAAAGAAAUCAGGAUGGAGGAAGAUAUCAUUUUACUUCAAUCUUUCAUACGAAAUCAGAGACAAGUCCAUUGAAUUUGAUGAAAAUCGUAAUGUCCAGCGCGCUGAGUUUGUCGUUCGUGCAUAUAUGCAAGGUGGGAGGUUCUCAGAUGGGUGGGGUUCUUGUGAGCGGCGAGAGAAAAGGUUUUUGAAACCAAACCAUGAUAUUCCUAGCACAGCAGAAACUCGAGCGAAAAAUAGAGCAUGUCAGGACUUGCUCGGAAUUGGAGAGUACCGACCGGGUAUCAAGCUGUAAUCAAAGGCGGUUUUCUGGCGUAGCAUCCUUUAGAGUUCAAAUGGCCGUGUAAAACAAAGGAUGAAUCGUGUUGUAUCUGUAGAGAAAGGAAGCUGGCUGUUGUAACAUCGUUAUGAGGUCGUUCAUUGAAAAGACAGAUGAUUGAUGAAUUCAUGUAACUCCUUGUUACCAGAGUUGAGAGAUAAAAGAAAUUAUCAUCACUCUUGCUGAAAAUUGAAGAGGCAAGAGUCAGAGGAGUUGUCCUCAUGUGUACCUAAAUAUGUCAAUGACAAAACAAUUGCUUUGUAUCGAAUUUUGCGUCGGAGUCCAUAUUCCAAUUCUUUACCAAUAUGCUGUGCAUUUUCACGCACAACUGUAUUUGAUGUCCUCCAAGAAAGCAAAGCAUCUUUUCCUUUUGUAGACCA